AGUCUAGUCAUCAAUCUGUCAUUUCCUACGCCGGGACGUCUUUGACUCUUUACCUUUCCUUUAUCAAUUUGUGCGUUUAUCAGCAGUUAUUCUUGGAGAUUCUGUGAUUGUGAUCUUUUCUAUUCGCUCUAAAGCAUUCAUUGAUAACUUCUAUUUUCAAUUACAUACAUUCGGUCCCUUUUGGUUUUCAAAAUGAGUGUGCCAGCGUAUCAAGAUAUCCUUGCAGGGCCGCUUGCAACUUACUGCGAGCUUUCGAAAAAAAUCGGCGGCGAUGUUGCCACUCAUGCUCAACUAGUCGCUCAAGCUUUUCAUUCCCAGCUGGAAUUUUUAGAACUUGCCUCCAGGAGUAAAGCACCCGCCAACCAGAACGAAACAAUGAGGUUGUUACAACCAACAGCAGAUAAAAUCACAGCAAUUUGCAGUCUCAGAGAUAAGAACCGAGCCUCUCCAUACUUCAAUCACCUUAGUGCCAUCAGUGAAAGCAUUCCGGCUCUUGGAUGGGUCAAUGUUACCCCUGCUCCUUCUCCUUAUGUCAAAGAAAUGAAUGAUGCCGGUCAAUUUUAUACGAACCGAGUUCUGAAGGACUGGAAAGAAAAGGACAAAACACAUGUUGAAUGGGUGCGUUCCUGGGUAGAAACUCUAGUCCAGCUUCAGCAGUAUGUUAAACAAUAUCACACGACAGGAUUAGUCUGGAGUGGCAAGAAUGGAAUUGCUCCCGCACCUCCUGGCCCCCCUCCUCCACCAAUGGCCCUUCCUGCUUUUACUGACCUCACUAUCGACAAUUCAAAGGACAGAUCAGCUUUGUUUGCGGAAAUCAACCAGGGUGAAAAAAUCACGAGCAGUUUGAAAAAAGUAACAUCCAACAUGCAAACCCAUAAAAACCCAUCGCUGAGAUCGGGACCGGCACCAUUCAAGGCAACUCCAAACAACACGCAAGUUAACAACUUUAAAUCAAGUGUUCCAGCAGAGAAGCCCCCUGUAUUUAAACGAGAGGGCAAGAAGUGGAUAAUAGAGUAUCAAAAGAACAAUCCAUCCCUGGUAGUAGAAGGAGCAGAAAUGAAUAAUGUAGUUUAUAUGUUUGGCUGUGUGAACUCAACUUUGACAGUCAAAGGAAAAAUCAAUUCAGUUGUCUUGGACUCCUGCAAAAAGUCUUCUGUCGUAUUUGAUACAUUGGUGUCAUCCGCUGAGUUCAUCAAUUGCCAGUCUGUUCAAAUGCAGGUGCUCGGGAAAGUGCCAACCAUAUCGAUUGACAAGACAGAUGGCUGUCAAAUGUAUUUAAGCAAGGACUCAUUGGAUGUUGUGAUUGUCUCAUCAAAAUCAUCUGAAAUGAAUGUCCUUGUUCCUAAACCUAAUGGAGAUUAUAGCGAGUAUCCAGUUCCAGAACAAUUUAGGACUACCAUUAGCGGGUCUAAAGGACUAGUCACAGAAGCUGUCGAGAACAAAGGCUAAUCAUCAUAUCCAAUCAUCUACCUGUAAUUACAUUGUCAAAUCAUUGCGGUAUAUAUUCUAAUAUUCGUCGUAAGUUUUUUUCUUCACGAUUUCAGACUCAUUAUUUAAUUUUUCAAAUAAUUGUGAUUCAGUUAGUUUUAAGACAUGCUGGUGAUGAAAUAGACACAUAAUUUUCUCAAGUGUGCACUUUUUGCCUAGUCGAACAAAUUUUUUAAGAAGACAAGACAUCGAUCUAUCAAUAAAUUUUGAUAGUUUUUUGUAUUUUUUUAAAAUUUUCAAAAUUUAAACUUGCACAGCUCAAAUAUUCACCAUUUAAUGGUGCAGUUAUCUGAAAGACUUGUAUUGUGCUCUUAUGGUGAAGCCUCUUUAGUUUCAGGGCGUAUUAUUUUUACACUGCAUGGUUCAUAGAUGAAUCCUCUGUUUUAUCUCAAUUUGAGACUUGAGUUAGUUUUUUUUGCAUCCCUAUCUCUUUCAUCAUCAACCAAAGAGUAUUUGUUAGUUGGAAGAAUAAAAAGUAAGAAAACUACUUAUCUAAGAGAUGAUUAGUGGUUAGUGUUGUUUUUGUAGGAGUCUGAGUUCUUGCUAAGAGGUUCGUUAGAAUACGAGUAAACCACAAAUUGUGACUGAAAAUUGAAUAUUCAUCCUAUUAGAAGCUAGCGUUCUUUUCUUUUUAAAUUUAUUUCAUUGAACGUUAUUCACAUAAAUUUCUAAAUUGAGGCAACAAAUUUUUCAGGUCACUGUUUCAUGCCCGCCUGUUACACUUUUUUGAUAUCAUGUAAAAACUUUUACUAUAUGGGUAACUCAUUACACCCUAAAGUGCAUUGAUACCAGUCAAAAAGUGCACCAAAAGCUGCAGUUUAAACAUAAUUUUACCAAAGCCAUCUAUUUUAUUGCAUGUAUUUGUGUAGGUGGCUUUUGAAAACCUUUGGGAUGAAUAUUCAGUCGGAAUUUUGUCUCUCCGCUUGAGCCCUCUUUUUUAAUCACAAUUUUUAAUCAAUGUCAAUUGGAGACUUCAAAUGAUUGACACCAAAAUCAGCCCUAAAAAUUUUUUUAUUCAACCUAACCCCCUCUCUAUUUAGUUAAUUUUGUAAAAUGUAAGUUUUUUUUAUGAAACUUUGCAAGGAUCUAUGUUGCAAGCCUCCAAACAAGUGUAAAGUAUUUUGCAAUAUUUACAUACUUACUACUGAUCAUAAAAUGCUUGAUUCUCUUUUAUUUAUUUAUUUAUUUAUCUAAUUUAUUCGUCUACUCAUUCUCAUCAUAGGUCUGCGCCUAUGUUUUACCCUUUUAACGUGAUUUUGUAAUAUUUGCUUUUUACUUUAUUAUUCAAUAACAAAAAUGAUUAUAUCAAACUUGAAAAUACAAUUACUUUAUUUUGUUCUUUCACCCUUUUAA